GACCUGAUCCCACUGUAUCAUCUGAACGUUUUGCCCAUCUGAUCCUUAGCAAAUACCAACGUUUUGACUACUACCCAAUUAGUCAGCUGAAGUAGAACGAGACGUGAAGUAAAGAGAGCCAAUAGCUUUGGUGUCACUAGCACUAAUAGACUAGUAGUGCAAUUUGCAUAGAUUUUCAUUACCUGUGGGUGGCACCUCAUGAUGUAAACUGAACACUAGAUCUUUAGAGGUGCAAGUGGACUAGUGCAUCUAGAGUGAGAUCAUGUUAGCUAAAAUAAACAAAGCGAAGCUCAAAAGUAGGAAAAAUAAUACGAUGGCUACCGUCUUUUGAAAUCACCAGUUAGGACCAAAACGCAUGCUACAUCAAGAGAUACUUUGUGCUAACUCUCUCCAAAAGCAGACUGUGAAGUCAGACGUGUCCCUUUGUUCUCUGCAUAGCCUAGAGCCCUAGACAGCCAUAUGCUCUCGUUUUCGACAAGCUUUUCUUGCUUCCCACAGGUUCCACUGAAUUUUGCAAGACACUAGACAAAUAGCUGUUCCUGAAUAGAACACAUCAGCCAUCAGUACCAUUCCUUUUAGCUGCCAUGAUGGUGAGCUUUGCAUCAGGUCUCUCGUUAGCUGAGGUCCUCUGAUAGUUGACCCCCUAACGGAAAAGGGCCGGGAGCCUUAUUUGGUAAAUAGCGCAUUGGCAGUGAGGCACUAGGCUCUGGUGAAGGAAAGGUAUUUGUUUUUGCGUCAUCUCCAACGCCUCAAGGCAGGGGCUGCCGCCCCCCUGCUCAAGUGGCCUGGUGCUGAUCUGAAGUGGUGAGUGGUGACCAGUGCUAUGCAUUAGCAGCACUGGCAAAUCAAUCAGACAUUCCCUUUUCUUUUGUUAUCAGCCAUCACAUUUCCUUUUCAUCAGCAUCAUUGCGCACAGUAAACUCAUACUACAAACAACUUGCAGAAUUUGUUCCUUAUAUUUUAUAGUACGCAUGCAAGCAUGGCAUAUUAUGUUCUUUCUUUUUUGUGUGUUUCUCCUCUCUGCAGUCUGCACAAUUGGCUUGAUAUGGGUAUAUGCCAUUAGAGAUGCAUCUCGUAGACUGUUUCUAUAGGAGAAUUGGGAUCCAGAUCCUUGCAUAUAAACCUGGUACAGUGACAAAACACACCCACACGUUCAGAUGACUUGGAUGGUGGGGUUCAGAUGAUGCCCAGUGGCCAGUGACCGUUCCUGUGUGCUGGAUAGAGCAGAGACCAACCUAGCCUGCUUUGCCGUAAAAGCCAAGUGGCCUCGCCAAUAAUUGAGGGGCCGUCCAAUCCAAACCCUCUUUUCGCCCUGCUGGAUGGCUUGGCAAGCCCUCCACUACGUGUGAUGAAGCUUCUGUUUCCUGCCGUGCAGGACGCAAACAUUGCAUUGCACACAACAAUAAUUGAGGCCCGUGAAUCAUUGAACAGAUCAUGCUAGAAACACACUGUCGUUUGUUAUGGUACAGCCCCCCUUCCUACUUAGGACAGGAUCUGCGAUCAUUACUGAGUUCGCCUCAUGGAAGGAUUCGAUUGUUAGCGCCGAAGCUAGGGUUGCAAUUCUGAACUCCCAUCUGGUCAUGUGGAAGAUAACAGAAAGAAGAGGAUCAAAACUCAAAAGCAUACAACACAUGCAUGCGUGCCGCCGUUUCUUUCUGGGGUUUUCUUCAGGAGCCUUCACUGCUAUUCCUGCGGUCUGAUGUCACGGCUGAUGAACUGAUUGGCGUCACUGUCGCCACACUCUUUGCAUGCUUAAUCCUUAACCACUAGUUUAACAUCUGCUACUAAGAAAUGGCCGGAAUUCCUGGCAGUGGCCGGUGUGGUGGCCGUCCUUGUCAGCCCCGGCCCCCGGGGUAGGGAUGUAACUUGGGCCGCACAGCGUCGCCGCCGGUCGGCCGGUACGCGCCUGACUGAGACCGGGGCGCGGCUAUCGCCUCCGAGUAGAUCAGCACACGGGCUUAUCCUGUAUCGCGCUUGCCAGCCGCACGCCGCGCACCACGACGUCGUGCAGUGGCCGUGGACUCGCGCCCUCGUGGUGGUCGGCCGUCGUGUCGCGCUGGCACUGGGUGCGCGUCCCUGAGCCGUCGCGGCCGGGCGGCGCCGCCGAGCAUCGCCGGCGCCGAAAGAAUGGGGACGAAAAGCAGCUGCGGUGAGAAGCAGGAGCCCCGCCGGAAAGAGGUGGCAACGAUCUCUUCCGUUUCGCGUCGAGCCCGGGCUCGAUUUAUUCCUUCCCGCCGACACGCUACCCACCAGCCAAUCACCAUCGAUCACCACUGCUCCCCCCGCUGCUGUACCUGUACUGCUUCUGCCUUUGGGAAAGCCGCCGGAUGGCUCCACGCUCCAGCCGCCGGAUUCGGGAUUCCAGAUUCCAGGCUCCACUCGAGGUCGAGGCGACGGCGGAGGGUGGCAUCCAGCCGCCACUGGCCAGGGCAGCGGCCUCUCCAAUUCUCUUCUCUUGAGGCCGAUGCAGAUGCACCCCGUCCCAGUAGGCUAGGCUAGGCAGCACCAGCACAGGUUCUCGCAUCCCAGUAGGCAACCUCAACCCGUAACCGCAGCUCGCCGUCGAUCGAUCCACCGAACUUUUCCUCCUUGUGAAACCAGUGCCGUCCGGAGGUGACAGCGGCGCCGUCGUGGACGCAUCGGCGCCGCCGCCUCCCCGCCGGAGUACAUGACCUCUGCGCCCGCGGUGCAGUUCGCGGCGGCGCCCAUCAGAAUGGGGGUGUACGAGCGGCCGGCGCCGGCGCCCGUGAUGGGCAUGUGGAACAGCGACCCGUUCAAGGUCGACAGCGGCCAGGCCACCAGUGGGUCCACCGUCAUGGAGGCGGACAAGUUCGACACUAGGCUAGAAGAUGUUCCACAGGUAGCACUGGAGCCGGCAAGAAGUACGGAUCAGGAAACAAGCAGGCCGCCAGAGAGGGUCCUGCGAAGACUUGCACAGAACAGAGAGGCUGCUCGGAAGAGCCGGCUGAGAAAAAAGGCGUACAUCCAGCAGCUAGAGACAAGCCGGAUGAAGCUGGCGCAGCUAGAGCAAGAGCUUCAACGGGCUCGACAGCAGGGUGCCUAUGCAAAUGGGAAUUUGGGAGACCGAAAUCUCGGAUUCACAGGAUCAAUGGUUCCAGGUGUUGCUGCGUUCGAGAUAGACUACAGCAACUGGGUGGAAGAGCAGAACAGGCACACAGCCGAGCUGAGGUCCGCUCUCCAGGGGCAGACCACGGAGCUGGAGCUGCGCAUGCUCGUCGAGACCGGGCUCAACAACUACGAGCACCUGUUCAGGAUCAAGGCGCUGGCCGCCAACUCGGACGUGUUCUACGUCACGUCCGGCGUGUGGAAGACCCCCGCCGAGCGCUUCUUCCUGUGGAUCGGCGGGUUCCGGCCGUCGGAAGUGCUCAAGAUCCUGAGGCCGCAGCUGGAGCCGCUGACGGAGGCGCAGCUGAUGGCCGUGGGCGGCCUGCAGCACACCUCGACGCAGGCCGAGGACGCCCUGUCGCAGGGCAUGGAGAAGCUGCAGCAGAACCUCGCCGAGACGCUGACGGCCGCGGCCGACCCGUUCGGCCCCCCCGACGGCUACAUGCUGCAGAUGGAGACCGCCGUGGAGAAGCUGAAAGAGCUCGUCGGCUUCGUGAUCCAGGCGGACCAUCUCCGGCAGACGACGCUGCAGCAGAUGCACAAGAUCCUGACGACGCGGCAGGCGGCGAGGGGCCUCCUGGCGCUCGGCGACUACUUCCAGCGCCUCCGCGCGCUCAGCCAUCUGUGGGCGACGCGGCCCCGCGAGGCGCCGACGCUCAGCCAUCUGUAGUUCGUUGUAUACUUCCCAAGGUGCAAGGCCCGAUGACCAAAGACGACGACGACGACGAAGAAGUCGUGGACCUCGCUGGGGUUGGAGAUGAGGAACGCAGAGGCUUCGUUCUCAACCAGCGGCGCCGUGCCGCCGGUGCCCGCGUCUCCGUGGAACAGGAAACUGGUGUGCGUUUGUCGGGUGAUGAAAGAAUAACGGAAAAAUUGAGGGCUUCCGAGACGUGUACAGUUUUGGUAUACCCUGCCCGGAGGCUUUCUAGAGGCCGUAUAAUUAACUGGUAUAAAUGAUGGGUUUUACAAGUAGUGUUAUUUACGGUAUAUCAUGAAUGAAUUUAUAUGAUGUAACGAUAUGUAACUAGUAUCUGUCCAUUUCUCAUGAGUAGGGCACGCAGUCCUUGUGCAAAUGUAUUGUAUGGAACAAGUUAGUCCACUUAAGAUGAGAUGCAUCCGUAGAGUUUCAAA